UGGAAGUGGGAGGAGGAGAACGAGGAGGAGAAGGAGGAGGGGAACUCGUCUUGAGGGCGCAGCCCGGCUCCACCAGACCUUCUGACGUUCUUCUGCUGCGGGACACAUCCGCCGCGACGUUGGUGGGUGGGAGCGGCUCCAAAAAAGACAGCGAUCGCCGAUCGGCGCGCUUCUCAUUCUUGUUGGACGAGCCGAGCGGCAGCACGCGGAGGAGUAAAGUUAAGCAGGCGAAGUGACUCAUAAGGAGCCCAGGAGCAGGAGUCGGGGCUCCUCGGAAGGAGGAGAGGGACGGACGCUGCUGCUGCUGCUGCUGCUGCUGAAGCCCUCGCUUGUUCUCUCGGUCCCGGGCAGGCAGAGGUGGAGCGCCGACGACACGCUCGGACUGCGACUCAAAGUUGAAGCAAACUUUUCUUGCCGAGGACUUUCGGGAGAGGAGGAGGAGGAGGAGGAAGAGGGCGCGGGCGCGAGCUCUCCCCGCGAGCCUCGGCGAUGCUGUCCAACCAGAAGAACCAGAAGCCGCCGGGCUUGUCGCAACAGAACAACGCGCCGUCGUCGCUGUCGCUGCCGCCGGCGCCGCCGCCGCCGCCGCCCGUCCACGUGAGGCCCGCGCUCCAGAUGAAGAAGCACGCGAUCACGGAGGAGUACAAAGUCACGAGCCAGGUGCUCGGGCUCGGCAUCAACGGCAAGGUUCUGGAGGUCUUCCACAAGAAGAACGGGCAGAAGUACGCCUUGAAGAUGCUGCAGGAUUGCCCAAAGGCGCGGCGCGAGGUGGAGCUACACUGGCGUGCCUCUGCCUGCAGCAACAUCGUGCACAUUGUGGACAUCUAUGAGAACCUCUACCAGAACAGGAGGUGUCUGCUUAUCAUCAUGGAGUGCAUGGAAGGUGGAGAGUUGUUCAGUCGCAUUCAGGACCGGGGGGACCAGGCGUUCACUGAGCGAGAAGCCUCAUGCAUCAUGAAGAGCAUAGGAGAGGCCAUCCAGUUCUUGCAUGCCAAUAACAUUGCGCACAGGGAUGUCAAGCCAGAGAACCUGUUAUAUACUUCCAAAAAGCCGAACGCGAUCCUCAAACUGACGGACUUUGGGUUCGCUAAAGAGACCACGCUGCACAACUCGCUGGCCACACCAUGCUACACUCCCUACUAUGUGGCUCCAGAAGUCCUUGGUCCGGAAAAGUAUGACAAGUCAUGUGACAUGUGGUCCUUGGGUGUCAUCAUGUAUAUCCUACUGUGUGGGUAUCCUCCUUUCUACUCCAACCAUGGUCUGGCCAUUUCUCCUGGAAUGAAGAAGCGAAUCCGCAUGGGGCAGUAUGAGUUUCCCAGAUCAGAAUGGUCAGAUGUCUCGGAGGAAGCAAGGAGGCUCAUCCGACACCUGUUACGAACCGAUCCAACACAGAGGAUGACAAUCACAGAGUUCAUGAACCAUCCUUGGAUCAAUCAGUCCAUGAUUGUCCCUCAGACCCCUCUCCACACCAGCCGAGUGCUGAAGGAGGAAAAGGACACCUGGGAGGAUGUCAAGGAGGAGAUGACCAGCGCCUUGGCGACGAUGAGAGUUGACUACGAUCAAGUUAAGAUCAAAACGAUCGAGGACUCAUCCAAUCCGCUGCUGCUGAAGAGGAGGCUGAAGGCGAACACAGCCAGCAAGAAGCCCACCGGUUGAGAGGAACAGCCACGGCACACGACAGCAAUUUUUUCACAGAAAAUCAUCACUUGACAUGAAUGCAUAAAGCUGAUCCUCCUCCUUGGUUUUUGACUUUAUAAACUGAAAAAUUUCCUCACUCUUGACCUGACUUUUGAGAGUGAAAAGAUACAUUAAGCAGGAACAGAAAAUAGGAUAAUGACUAUGAUGCGAUAUAAAAGCUUUAAUGUUUGAUGCACGGCCGUUUUAAUAAUCUGAAAUUAUUAACGGACUCGCCGUUCAAACCAGGUGAUCAGUCUAUAGGUCAGGGAACUAUGUUAAUGAAGUAUAUUUUUAUGUGAUCACUCAUGUCUGCUUUUUAAAAGGCCCACAGGAGACUGAAUAUAAACCAAUUCUGUUACCAUGAUCGACCAACUUCAGCGUUUGCUUUCCGAUGCCCUUUCAGUUGAAGCCUGACUGUGUCCCUUGUAGAUCAGGAAAAAGAUGUUCUGUCUGUACUGCCAUGAUCAUAACUACAAUAUUUUUUUUAAUUCAGAUAUAUUAUGUUAAUACUGAAAAGACUUAACUGUUUUUACACUGUUAAUCGGUCUUUUUUGAUGUGCUGUCGAUCAGUGGAACAUAUUUGGUACGCCAAGCUUUCAGUUUUUACUUUUUGAAAGUGUUACGCAAUUACUGUAUAUGGUGAAUCCAUCCUUUAAUGUUGUCUACCAUCACACAUGUUUUUUAGAGUUCUGUAGGAUCUGCUGUUCCGCUCAUGCGGCGAACAGGUGUGAGAAUAUUUUUGCCGAAAUGGGAUGUGCGGGAUAAUUGUCUAACCUUGCUGUAAAGGUGCUCUAUUGAUUAACUGGCUUCGCUGUGUCUUAGAAGCACAGUGUUAAUUUUUAAAAGAACUUCUGUGGGUGGGUGGGGGGGGACUUCUUUGCCUCCUCCGAAUAAUUGUGCUGAAGUCCUCAGCUGUGCUGUGCUAAAGAAUCAGUACAUUUGGUCAGCUUUUUAACAUUCCUGCUUACUCUUAAAAUACACCAGCUUUACUAUGAUUUGUGGCUGUCUCUUCCUGGGAGACUGCAAACGCUGCCGCACCAGUGCCUGCGUCUUACACUCAUAUAAUGUGGGAACACACACUCGCAGGCGCUGUACUGACCCUGGGAGUCCUGCUAUUCUCAUUCUGAUAUGAAAUGUUACUCUCAGAAUAAGCAGCCCCCCCAUACAGCUUCUCCCAGGGGCUCGCUUCCUGUCUGCCUUUCGCAUGCGGUUUGUGACCCUGGGAAGUACUUCUCUACAUUUGAAUGGGCGGUGAAUUUUCUCUCAGAAAUACCAUCUACAGCUUAAGUGUUAAUGGUACAAACCCAUGUUGUUGUAACGUAGCAUCGGCCGAAUGUUAGGAAGCCGUCUAAAUGCAACGAAACUAGCAAUAAUCAGAAUUUUGUAAAAUCAUAUUUAAUAUCAAAAUGUGAGGACGGUCUUGUCUCGAGUCGCUCUCUUCUGUUAUAACAGUUCUUCCGUGCUACGACCACACUGAGCACUUCUCGCUCUUCUGUAUAUUAACCACGGAAGCCUUUUCUCUCGGAGCCGUUCCCGUUCUUCCUUUACGCUGAAAAAUGUGGAGUCGCGAGGCUUCUGGUUUGUAUUUGCGUUGAGUAUCUUAAAUGCUUGCAAGUUAUUGUUGCAGCCCUAUGCUUAAAGGCCAUUCCUGUAAUCUGACAGCCUAAAAUAGCAGAUGUUUCUAAUGAUUUUGUUUUUAUGUGGUGUGGGAGCAUGGGGGGGUGUGGUGGCACAGUGGGU